AUGUUUUUCUUAAUUAAUAUAUGUACAUUUCUAUUUAAUUCUACUUUACAUAAUUAUGCAACACCAAUCACAUUCAUCCUCUUCGACAAUAAUUUCAGGCAAGUUCUCUCCGAUAUUUUCUUUAUUUUCAUUAUGAGUUUGUAUUUGUUCCUAAAGAUCCUUCCAAUAGCUUUUAGAAUAUUUUUCUUCUUCCAUGUCGUCAUGUUGAUUUGGGUACUCGUUGUUACUUGGAGUGAAUACUUCAAUUUCAUUCCUAUUUCAGGUGCGAACUAA